AUUGUCGGUCUUCGUUUGUCUGUGCUCGUAGCCAUUAAAAAGUUGCAGAUGUUGAAGGAAUUUGCAGUUUAGGAAUAUAAAUAUUCAAAAGUGUGGUUUAAUUUGCUAGAAAGUGCUGUAUUGAACUGAAAUUUUGAGAGGCGUAGUGCUUUCUUAAAAUAUGCCUAACAUUAAACUCCAGAGUUCGGAUGGUGAGGUAUUCAACAUCGAUGUGGAAGUGGCGAAGUGUUCGGUGACGAUAAAGACAAUGCUGGAGGAUCUGGGCAUUGACGACGAGGAGGAAGAGGUGGUCCCGCUGCCCAACGUGAACUCCGCCAUCCUGAGGAAGGUGAUCCAGUGGGCCACGUACCACAAGGAUGACCCGCCCCCUCCCGAGGAUGACGAGAACAAGGAGAAGAGGACUGACGACAUCAGCAGCUGGGAUGCCGACUUCCUCAAAGUGGACCAGGGCACUCUGUUUGAACUCAUUUUGGCAGCAAAUUACCUGGACAUAAAGGGUCUUCUUGAUGUCACCUGUAAAACUGUUGCCAACAUGAUCAAGGGAAAGACCCCAGAAGAAAUUCGCAAGACAUUCAACAUCAAGAAUGAUUUUUCUGCAAGUGAAGAGGAGCAAGUGAGAAAGGAGAACGAGUGGUGUGAGGAGAAGUGAAAUAAAACUCUUUAUUGUUUUGUCAUGGUCAUACUUCAUGUAAAUAUCAUUGUAUUUUAAUACUAGUUUUGGCUGCGGACAUUAAUGAACUUUUGACACGACAGCAUUUGUAGGUAAAUUUUGGAAGCUUUUGCUAAUAUUUUACUGUUCAUUUUCUUCUUCACUUUUAAAUUUUCCUGCCAAAAAUAGCAACUGUUUGGUUCUAUAAUUAUUAAUUUUGAGCAAUUUGUAAAGGUAAUUAGAGCUGCUUAAAUUGCUUUGUAAUAAAAACUAGAAAAAAAUACUUCAAAAAUGUAGAAGUAGCCUUGUCAUUAUUGAAAUUGAAAGUUUAAAAAUCAACAUAACUUGUCCCUGAAAUCUGCUGUGACUUUUGUGUUUGUGUAGGUACACCAAAAACAAGCAUAAAAAUGAACCUGAAUUUAUUACGUUUAAGUUAAUAUUGUAUAUGUGCUGGAAUUUUAAGAUUACCAUAGUGAAAUAUUCUUUAAAAUCCUGUGUGAUCCAAUUUGUGUAUAAUGGGCACCAAAUGUUCUUGACUUGUGGUGUCUAAAAUUAUAAUUAGAUUGUAGUUACUCUUUCAUUAGGCUAAUUUUUUUUUCCUGUUACAUGUGGUUAUUCCCUGUUUUAACACUCACCAAUUUUCUGAUUAUCUUGCAAUGAUACUGAUGUUAUUAGUGCUUGUAAUAAAUCAGUAAAUUAAACUGC